AUGGAGCUGAGCUUAGAAAGCCUGGGGGGCCUGCACGGCGUGGCCCACGCGCAGGCGGGCGAGCUGUUGAGCCCCGGCCACGCGCGCUCGGCGGCGACGCAGCACCGCGGCCUGGUGGCGCCCGGGCGCCCAGGCCUGGUGGCCGGCAUGGCGAGCCUGCUGGACGGCGGCGGUGGCAGUGGCGGAGGCUCCGGGGGCGCGGGCGGCGCAGGCACUGCGAGUGGCGGUGCCGACUUUCGUGGGGAGCUGGCGGGACCGCUGCACCCAGCCAUGGGCAUGGCCUGUGAAGCGCCUGGGCUGGGCGGCACCUACACGACGCUCACGCCCCUGCAGCACCUGCCGCCGCUGGCGGCGGUGGCCGACAAGUUCCACCAGCACGCGGCAGCCGCAGCCGUGGCCGGGGCGCACGGUGGCCACCCCCACGCUCACCCGCACCCAGCGGCCGCGCCGCCCCCGCCACCCCCGCCGCAACGCCUGGCUGCCAGCGUGAGCGGUAGCUUCACCCUCAUGCGCGACGAACGCGCUGCGCUGGCCUCUGUGGGCCACCUCUACGGGCCCUACAGCAAGGAGCUGCCCGCCAUGGGGUCGCCACUGUCGCCGCUGCCCAAUGCUUUGCCUCCAGGGCUGCACGGUACCCCACAGCCCCCGCCGCCGCCGCCGCCCCCGCCAUUGGCUGCCUAUGGUGCGCCAGGCCAUCUGGCUGGGGACAAGCUACUGCCUCCCGCCGCCUUCGAACCGCACGCCGCGCUGCUGGGACGCGCAGAGGACGCGCUGGCCCGCGGGCUACCCGGAGGCGGCGGCGGCGCAGGUAGCGGCGGAGCGAGUGGAGGUGGCGCCGCUGGGCUGCUGGCGCCGCUAAGCGGGCUGGCAGCGGCCGGGGCUCACGGUCCGCACGCGGGAAGCAGCGGCCCUGGCGGGGGCGGCAGCGGCCCCAACGCGGGCGCUGCUGCAGAGGAAAUCAACACCAAGGAGGUGGCGCAGCGCAUCACCGCGGAGCUGAAGCGCUACAGCAUCCCGCAGGCCAUCUUCGCUCAGCGGAUCCUGUGUCGCUCGCAGGGUACGCUCUCCGACCUGCUGCGCAACCCCAAGCCCUGGAGCAAGCUCAAAUCCGGCCGUGAGACCUUCCGCAGGAUGUGGAAGUGGCUGCAAGAGCCCGAGUUCCAACGCAUGUCGGCACUGCGCCUCGCAGCCUGCAAGCGCAAGGAGCAGGAGCAGCAGAAGGAGCGCGCGCUGCAGCCCAAGAAGCAGCGCCUGGUGUUCACCGACUUGCAGCGGCGCACGCUCAUCGCCAUCUUCAAGGAGAACAAACGGCCGUCCAAAGAGAUGCAAGUCACCAUCUCGCAGCAGCUGGGCCUGGAGCUCAACACCGUCAGCAAUUUCUUCAUGAACGCGCGGCGCCGCUGCAUGAACCGCUGGGCGGAGGAGCCUGGCACAGCCCCGGGGGGCCCGGCCAGCGCCGCUGCCACCUUCUCCAAGGCCUGA